CAAAGAUCGAAAGUCACUAGUCAAGAAGCAGACAAAAUGUCUCAAAGAGGGUAUGUUUUCAAUAUAAUAUUUACAUCAGAAAACAAGUGAGAUAUUUACCGAAAGUAAGGUUUCUCACCGUGACCUUAAGAUUCAUCCGUAAUCAAUAUAAUGGAAAAUUCUAAGACUUCUGACUCUUUUCAACAUGAACUGGAGGAUUAUAUUAGAAAGCAGAAAGCCAGAGGAUUGCAACCAACACUUUGCUUUAUAAAGGUGAAGGAGGGCUCCGCCUACCAAGAAAGGGGCCCCACUGAGCCUCGGGGGCCGGAGCAGCAGGGACUCCCCUUCUGGAGACCCCACCUGUUCCCCGCUUCCUUGGAAAGACUGAGGACCGUGGAAAGCCGGGUACCUCCCUGGCCUAAAAUUCCUUAUGCUCCACGAAGACUGGAAUCUGUAAACCACAGUCAAGAGAAUCAGGACUGUUUCUUCAAACACCGGUGGCUUCUAAGCCCAUCUGGGCAGGGAGAGAACACAGGCGUCUGCGGGACGCAGGGCAGGGAAGGUUCCUGUUGCCUCUUCUGGGAGCCCCGCGGCAGCGCCCAGCAGGCGGGCCAUGGGGACAGAGGCUGUGGGGACCGAGGCCUGAGGAGGAGGCACGGGGAGGUGGGAGGACGAGGAGCGGCCGGGGAGGAGCCCAAGAGGAAGCACCGCGGGAAGGGAGACUCACACAAAGGGAACAGGGGCAGGAGAAAGGCUGAGGGUGCCUCAGGCAGUGCAGAGAGACCCAGACGCAGCAAGAGGAAUCACCAGGGUCGGGACACCCCAAAAGAUGCGAGGUCCGGGAGAGAGAAGAAGGGGCCAGGCAGGGAAGGCCCCGAGGAGGAGAGGGACCUGUGGGAUGAAGCCAUCCUUGGCAGUUGUUACUGAUGAUUGGGGACUGGGGUCCCCAGUAUUAAAUCAUUUGAAUCUGCUGGAAAAGAUGGAUUAGAUAACACGGAAGCAGUUAAAUGGCCACCCGCUUGGAAGAAAAUAAA